UUGAUGUCCCUACUUUCUGGAAAGCAAAAGACUAAGAAGAAGAAGAUUCCGAAAGAAGAAAAGCUUUCAGAGAAACCCAUCAACGAUGUGGAGACGGACUGUGAUGUCUCGGAUAAUUUUGACUCAUCUUUUACUGAAAAUAGAAGUAACCAACUCCGCAAAGAUUUCGAUGUGUUAGAACUAGAAAAGAAGAUAUACAACAACGACAUUGAAUCGGUAUCGGCCAAGGAUUUCUUUUCCAGAAUCAAGAAAAAGGCAGAGCCUUCCCAAGUUACAGAAUCUUCCGGUACACCUACAAUAGAGAUUCUGGAAGGUACUACUCCGAAUAAUGCUGAGCCUAUUCUUAUCGAUCUUGAUGAGGAAAAUGACAUUGUGGUAGAUACGAAGUCUUUGGAGGCAAAGAUUUACGGAGAUAAUGCCAAAAGAACCUCCGCCAAAGAUUUCCUAAGGUCUCUAAAGCCUGUUCCAAAGAAAACGAAAAGAGAACCCAAAUCAUACUUUGUCACCUUGAAAAUCAAUCCUGGCGCAUUAAAAGAAAUAAAGAAUUACGAUAACCCCUUCAAAACCAAAGGAAACAUAUCAUUUCAAGGGACAUCGAGAGGCUCCAUCAGAAACGAGUUCUUCGAUCGACCCAAGGUUGCAAAAAAAUCUGUGUCAUCCAAUUCCUUCUUUGAUUCAAUGAUGAAAGCUUCAAAGAAUACAGUGAAGUUGACACCCUUACAGAAGUUAAAAGAGUUGGAGCCUCCUAUUAUCCAAAAAUCACAAUUUCAUGUUUGCUCUUCGGACGAUUUGGUUCGGCAUAAUGACAUAUUAGCAUGCUUGCCACCUAGAGUGAAAGCACAAUCAUCCGAUUAUGGAGAUAAUAAUAUAAAUCUUAUGACAGAGCAAUCAGUGAAACCGCAACUUGUCAUUCGUGAGACUUCUAUUUCCAAGUUAGAUCUUUUAAAGCAAAAGAUACCUGACUACCAUAAGCAUACUGAACUUCGUACACUUGUCGAGAAGUUUAUACUUAUUGAAACAAAUGACGACAAUGAAAUUCAUGAAAUCACACAAUCUUCAAACACAAACUCUCAGCUCUGGACAGACUUGUUUUAUCCUGAUUCCACCAAACAGCUAUUAAUCGCCAAAGACACAAGAAAUUCUAUCAAAAAUUGGAUCCUGAACUCAUUCUCUAGAUUAAAAGCACAGAAUUUACGAGAUCCCAGGAACGUCUUGAUAAAGAAGAAAAAAAAGAAACAAAAGAAUUUGGAUAACUUUAUUGUGGAUGAUUACUCUGUGGAUUUUGAUAAUGAGGAGACUGAAGAAGAAAUUUUCGUCCCUCUCUUGAUAUUACAAGGAUCAAUAGGCUCAGGAAAAUCUUCCUCGAUAUACGCAGUUACCAAAGAAUUGAAUAGUUACGUUCAUGAAAUCAACACAGGACUGAAUCGAGGUCGAAAAGACAUUUUUAAUAGCUUGAAAGAAUUUUGUACUACUCAGUUGGUGCAUAGACAGGAUGAAUCUCGUACAUUUCAACAGGGCAUUGUUUUACUCGAAGAUGUUAAUAUACUAUUCGAACAGGACAAAAACUUUUGGAGUGUAGUUCAAGACAUAUUGAACAUCUCAAGACGCCCAAUUGUCAUAACUUGUGAGACAUUACUCAAUAUUCCGAAAUCUUUGCUUGAGUUUGCAGGGGAGGAAGGAUCCAUUAUACAUAUGGACCAAUAUCCCGUGCAGAAGCAGCUAAUCAAGAGCUAUAUUUGGAUUUGUGGUCUAACUCAAGGAUUUGAUAUGAAGAGUUCAGUUUUAGAAAAGAUUUUGAGGAAGAGCUCAAAUGGAUACAACUACGAUUUGCGCAAAUGUCUUAUGGAAGCACAAUUCAUUUGCCAGUCUAAUAAAAGUGCAAACAAGCAUACUGUCGUUGAGAUCUCAUUACCAGGCAGGCCUAAGAAGCAAGGAAUUCAAGAUCUUGAGUCACACGCAACAUUAAUGGAUAUACUAUCUUGCGGAGAAGUUAUUAGUGGAGGUUAUCACUCAAUGCUCAACCAUGAGGUACAGGAAAAUGAAUUGGUUGAUAUUUAUCACAUUGACGACACUACCAGGAUUACACAAGAACCCUUGCCAUUCGAGUUGAACAUCGGUGAGUACUUGAUUGAGAAAAUGAGAGAAGACUACGAAGUUCAAACACUGUGUCCGUCCCCCAGAUUUUCAUUCAAUACUAUACGCGAAGAGGUAAGUUCGUUUAUUGGAUCUAGGUCUAAAAAACGGCCCAAAUUUUUCCAGGACUUGGCAAUAGUUACCAGAACUACUAGGUCCCAAAACAUAGAAUUGCUGGAUGAAUUAUCUGAUUCACCAUCGCAAGAUUGGGCAUACGACACAACAGGAGUACCUGAGACAUCGUUCUUGAAUUACAUCUUGCCGAGUUCACUUACUCUUGAUGUGUUACCUUUAUGCAGAAACUGGAUUGGUUUCCAGAUUGAACUUGAUAAAAUUGAACAAACCACCAAAGCAUCAGGUGGGGCUAGCGUGAAAGAAUUCUUAAACUAUCGGGACUUUCAGAAAGAUUCGACCAUUCUAUUGGAUACAUUA